AUGUGUAGCAUCCUCCACGUGCCACUCCUCAGUCUCGCUAGCCAGAGAGAUGUAAAGCGAAAGAGGGCGACAGACAGUCAGACCGGUCAGGCAGAGGAUCCAGAGGUCAUCAUAGUGGGCGCUGGUGUGCUGGGGUCAGCCAUGGCUGCCGUUCUGGCCCGGGACGGCCGGAGGGUCACAGUGGUGGAGAGGGACAUGAAAGAACCAGAUCGGAUAGUGGGAGAACUUCGUUCAAAUCCUUCUUUUCGUCUUCUCUCAGAUGCUGUUGAAGGUCUGGAUGCCCAUGUGGUGAAUGGUUACGUAAUUCAUGACCUAGAGAGCCGAACGGAGGUGGAGAUCCCAUAUCCCCAGCAGGAGAACAGCAUUCAGGGUGGACGUGCUUUCCAUCAUGGACGCUUCAUCAUGGGACUGCGUCGAGCUGUUCUCUCUGAGCCCAAUGUGAAGUUCAUGGAGGGAACGGUGACCAGCCUGGAGGAAGAAGAUGGUUGUGUGACAGGAAUUCAGUACAGAGAGAAGGACUCAGGGAUAAUCAAGGAGGUCCAUGCUCCUCUGACUGUAGUUGCUGACGGAUGUUUCUCCAAGUUCCGUAAGAAUCUGAUUUCUGGGAAAGCUAAAGUGUCUUCUCAUUUUGUUGGAUGCAUAAUGAAGGACUCUCCUCAGUUCAAGCCCAACCACGCAGAGCUGGUUCUAGCUAAUCCCAGUCCAGUGUUGAUCUAUCAGAUCUCCUCCAAUGAAACUCGGGUUCUGGUGGACAUCAGAGGAGAGAUGCCUCGAGACCUUAUGCGGUACAUGACGGAAAAAAUCUAUCCACAACUACCAGAGCACUUAAAAGAGCCGUUCAUGUUGGCACUGCAGAACGAUCGCUUGAGAACGAUGCCUGCCAGCUUCCUGCCACCCGCACCAGUCAAUAAAGAAGGGGUUCUGCUGUUAGGCGAUGCGUAUAACAUGCGUCAUCCUCUGACCGGUGGCGGCAUGAGUGUGGUGCUGAAUGACGUCCGCAUCUGGAGAGACCUGCUCAAGAACAUCCCUGAUCUCUAUGACAAUACAGCUGUGCUCCAGGCAAAGAAGAAAUUCCACUGGGAGCGUAAAUCAUCUCACUCGUUUGUGGUGAACGUCUUGGCUCAAGCUCUGUACGAGCUGUUUGCUGCGACCGACAAUUCACUGCAUCAGUUGAGAAAAGCCUGUUUCCACUAUUUCAAGCUUGGCGGAGAAUGCAUCAGUGGGCCGAUCGGCCUUCUGUCUGUAUUGUCGCCGAAACCCUUUACUCUGAUCGGUCACUUUUUCGCUGUGGCGUUAUACGCCAUAUACUUCAGCUUCAGGUCUGAAUCCUGGCUCACGAUUCCACGAGCGCUGGUCAACAGCGCAGCCAUCCUAUACAGAGCCUGUGCCGUCAUGCUUCCUCUCAUUUACUCGGAGUUACAGUACCUGAUUUACUAGGAAGGAACUUCUUUCAAACUGA